AUGUGUGGCAUUUUAGCUUAUUUUAGAGAUCCCAGCUCAUCUACCGAAGUAAAUGAUGAGUUUCAAGAGUACGAUGAGCAACAUCUCAGUUCAUUAAACCAAUCUCUAUGUUUUGAGAGCAGCACCGAGCUAUUCAACAAGUUAAUUCCCUACAUUGUUAGAAGAGGCCCAAAUUACGCAUCUUUUAGAGCUUUGUCAGAUGUCAAUGCUACCUUUUUCUCUUCCAUACUUUCACUAAGGACACCAUUUACUAAGCAGAGUGUAUUAGUUAAUGAUCGAUAUGUGCUCCAGUAUAAUGGAGAAUUGUACAAUGAUCAAACAUUAGAUUAUGAAGGGUCAGAUAAUGAUACGGCUUUUAUAAUGUCACUUUUGUCUCUAUUGCCUGUGGAAGAUGUCAUUAGAAAAUGCUAUGGAGAGUUCGCUUACACUAUUACUGAUUUAGUUGAAAAGAAAGUGUAUUUUGGUAGAGAUAGUGUCGGAAAGAGAAGUUUAAGUUAUAGAAUUGAUGGAAAAGAUAUCUACAUAACAAGCACAAGUGGUAAAUGUGCUGAUUUUUCGGAUUGUUUGGCUGGUGUCAUAUAUAUAUAUGAUUUGAAAACAAGAUCAUUGGAUGUGUCAAAAAGUAUAAACGACCAUCCGUUCAAAGUUUCAGACCAAGUUGACGAAGGCUUGAGAAAUCUAGAAUAUUAUAAAUCAGAAUUAUACAACAAGCUCAAUCGAGCUGUCUACCAACGAGUAGUGUCCAUACAUCCAUUGCAUCUUGAAAAUAACAAUAUAAGUGUUUUGUUCUCCGGUGGUUUAGAUUGCUCAGUCGUCACCGCUAUAUUAUGCGAGCAGCUUAUCAAAACUCGAAGAAAUACAAAUACUGUGAUAGAGUUACUCAAUGUUGGAUUUGAAAAUCCUAGAACGGGUAAAAUGCCAGCAGAUUCACCUGAUAGAAUUUUAGCUUUAAAAUCUACUGAGUUGUUAAAACGACUGUACCCUGGCUGUAAUAUAAAGUUAAUCGAGGUUGAUGUGCCUUACGAAGAGUACCUCUCCAAGAGAGAGACUGUUGUGGACUUGAUUUAUCCUAAAAACACAGAGAUGGAUUUAUCCAUCGCUAUAGCAUUUUAUUUUGCCUCUAGAGGUAGGGGUAACGUAAUGGAAGGCUCAAACAGAAUAAAAUAUAACAGAACAGGUAUAGUUUUAUUCAGUGGACUAGGUGCUGAUGAACUAUACGGAGGAUACCAUAAACUUGCUAAUAAAUCUGAAGAAGAACUUACCGUCGAGUUACAGAGACAAAUCGAAGGAAUCCAUGAUAGAAAUUUGAACAGAGAUGAUAAGGUAAUCUCAGACCACGGCGUUGAGGUUCGUUAUCCUUUCCUAGAUGAAGAGGUCAUUCGUUUCUCUGUUUCCUUGCCCUUGAAUUAUAAGAUAAACAAAAAUAUACUGAGAGUCAUGGCCAGAGAUCUUCUAGGCCUUGAAUUCAUCAGUGACGAACCUAAGCGAGCUAUUCAGUUUGGGGCCAGAAGUGCAAAAAUGACCAAGGAUAGUAACAAAAAGGGAACUGAUUUACUAAAGAUUCCCACUCAAUGA